AUGAAUAAAAAAGGCGUCCUUUGUGUUAUUAUUACUAUACUUUGCUCAUUACGAGCAUUUCAAUUAUAUUGGUCAUCGACUCGAGAAUUGAGAUCAACAGAUGGUCAUUCCUGGCUGAAGAAGAAAACUGCUUUAACCGAACCAAUACCCAAUAAACUAAAAAAUGAUUCCAUCGUUCUAGGCGCAGAAACAAAUAAUAUAUUCUAUUUUUUACAUGCUACAGAUCUUCACUUGUCAAGGUUUAGACCGAAAGGGCAUACGCAUCAUUUCUUACAUUUUAUUCAAUCGAUCAUACCUGUUGUCAAACCACAAUUCGUUGUUGUUACAGGUGAUUUAACUGACGCCAAAGAUAAGAAAAAAGUAACUUCUCAACAAUACGUUGAUGAAUGGGAAGUCUAUCAAAAGGCAAUUGAAGAAAAGGUCGAUGUGGAUUGGUAUGAUAUGCGAGGAAAUCAUGAUUGCUUUGACUUGCCGUCAUGGCAAUCACGGGUUAAUUAUUAUCGCACGCAUGGUAAAAGCGCCGGCUUAGUCGAACAGGGAAAAGGAGUUUAUUCAUGGCAGGUGAAUCAACCCAUGGGAGAAUACCAGUUUGUUGCUAUUGAUGCUUGCCCUAAACGUGGACCAUCGAGACCUUUAAACUUUUUUGGUUAUCUUACUUCAAAAACAAUGGAUCAGUUAGAAAGGGCAUUAACUUAUAAGCCCUUUAACCAUACUUUUGUGUUUUCGCACUAUCCUACGUCUACUAUGGUAUUUGGUUUAGGUGAUGUAUUAAAAUCAUAUGACCCUGUCACCAAAUCACUUGAAUUAGAAUUAGGUGAUAUGAAGGAGCACGGACUUUACAGAGUAGUUGCAGUGGACCAUGAUUUGAUUUCCUUUGUCGAUAUUCAACUGCCUUUAAAACAAAUUUCGAAAAAAGGUCCCGUCAACUCAUUAGGCCUUGUUCAUCCAAUCCAUCCAGAAAACAGCACGGUUGUUUGGCCUGCUAUCAUUCAUCCUCCUCCAUCUAUAUUAAUUACAAAUCCCAAGGAUGCUAGAUACUCAAUCCCAUCCAAAGAACCUCUUUGGCGUAUUCGUCAAAGCACUCAUAUCCGUUUCCUGGUAUUUUCUGAACAUUCGGCUGAACAUCUUGCUGUAAAAAUUUCUAUUGAUGGCAAGUUGCAUCUAGAUCAAGCCACAUUUGUAGGUGAUACCAAAAAUCCCCUGUGGGCCGCCCCCUGGGACGCUUCCCUGUAUGAGGACAGAAAUCCUCAUAAGUUGUCCAUCAAAGUAACUGCUGCAGAUGGUAAAGUGGGUACAUCUCAUAUCGUUUUCCGUGUUGACACCAAUCGAAUCAAAAUUAAGGGCGGAUCGGGCGAAUUUAUUAUUAAAUCCAAAAUGUCUACAGUGGUAAUAUAA